AUGGUGCGCUCCAACAAACCGAAAGCGGCGGCGCAGCCCAUGGCGAGUGCUUGUGGUGGCAGUGAGGCUGCAAUGACACCCCUUGCCCAGCUUGUGAGCAUGGACCCUGUGCCGCUGGGCGGUGUUGCCGCGAUGGGCCGCGUGAUUUACAUCUUCGGGCACACUGGUAGUAGAUAUCCGCAGAGCAAGAUCGUGCUUCGAGGGGAAGGACCUGAGGGGCCCGCAGUGUUGUGCAAAUUCAGCCAGCAUGUGGACGUAAAGAUUGACGAGAUCCUUGAGUUGCAGCAGGUCGAGCUCAGACCAACAUGGAAGAAUGCUGGUGGUGUCAGCCCCGAGUCCAUGGUCAUAGCAGGAUUGGCUGGCAGGGAGCUUGCAGUCAACAACAGCAGGAAAAGGAAUCAGGCAUCCUUGCAGUCAACGAUGCAGGUCGUGCGCAACCAUCCUGGGGCCUUUGGCAAAGCUGAAUUUGACAUCAUGAGCCUGAAGUAUUUGCCCUUGGAGGAAUGCUAUGUGUGCAUUGCUGAAGAGAUCGUUGAGGUGGUUGCUAUCGCAGGAGAAUCCGAGAAGAUCCGCAGACAAGUCAGAGUCAAGGAGAUUGACACCGACGAUGCCACGGAGCGACGCUCGGUUGGCAAAAACACGUGCUUAGGAGAAGGAUUUGCAUAUAGACACAGUUGA